AGUAAAUACAACAGGAGCGCAAAAUGGCGGAACCGCCGAGCCCAGUGCACGGCGCUGCUGCCGCCGCCGCCGCCGCCGUCUCGGAGAAAGAACCGUUUGGCAAAUUGCAGCCCGCCUUCCGGGACCCACCGGGUCCUCUGUCGGCCAAGAAGGUCCGGACUGAGGAGAAGAAGGCGCCGCGGAGACUGAACGGAGAGGGGGGCAACGGCGGGAACAGCAGGCAGCUGCAGCCGCUGGCGGCACCUUCGCCUCAGAGCUAUGGCAGCCCCGCGUCUUGGAGCUUUCCCGGUCUGUCUGCUGCCCCGUCCCCGUCCUCUGCUCGGAGCAGUUUCUCUUUUUCCGCUGGCUCCGCGGUCCCUUCCUCAGCCUCCGCUUCCUCGUCUCAGCCGGUGCCGCGCAAACUGCUGGUCCCUCCUACGCUGCUGCACGCUCAGCCUCACCAUCUCUUGCUGCCCGCCGCCGCCUCCUCGGCCAACGCCAAGCAGCGCCGACCUAAGGAGAAGCGAGAGAAGGAAAGGAGGAGGCACGGCCUCGGCGGGGCAGGCGAGGCCGGCGGGGCCGCCCGGGAGGAAAACGGGGAGGUGAAGCCGCUGCCGCGAGAUAAAAUCAAAGACAAAAUUAAAGAGAGAGAUAAGGAAAAAGAGAGAGAGAAGAAAAAGCAUAAAGUAAUGAAUGAGAUCAAGAAAGAAAAUGGAGAAGUAAAGAUUUUGCUGAAAAGUGGGAAGGAGAAACCAAAAGCAAAUGCUGAAGACUUACAAAUUAAAAAAGUAAAGAAGAAAAAGAAAAAGAAACACAAAGAGAAUGAAAAACGGAAGCGUCCAAAAAUGUAUAGCAAAUCUAUUCAAACCAUCUGCUCAGGAUUGCUAUCUGACGUUGAAGAUCAAGAAGCCAAAGGCAUGCUACAUGAUAACGUAAAGGAUUACAGUGGAAAGAGUUUGGAUAACAAGAACUAUGAUUCCAAAAUUCCUGAGAAUAGUGAGUUUCCAUUUGUCUCAUUAAAGGAGCCACGGGUUCAGAAUAACCUCAAAAGGUUGGACACUUUGGAGUUCAAACAGCUCAUUCAUAUUGAGCACCAGCCUAAUGGAGGUGCAUCCGUUAUCCAUGCCUAUAGUAAUGAACUCUCCCACCUUUCUCCUGUGGAGAUGGAGAGGUUUGCCGAAGAGUUUGUGGAUCUGGUGUUCAGUGAAAAUGAAAACUCUGCAGCUUUCUAUGUAAUGGGUAUUGUUCAUGGGGCAGCUACUUAUUUACCUGACUUUUUAGACUACUUUUCAUUUAAUUUUCCCAAUUCGCCAGUGAAAAUGGAGAUAUUAGGAAAGAAGGAUAUAGAAACGACAACUAUGUCCAAUUUUCAUGCUCAGGUAAAAAGAACAUAUUCUCACGGUACUUACAGAGCUGGCCCAAUGCGACAGAUCAGCUUGGUGGGAGCAGUUGAUGAAGAGGUGGGAGAUUACUUCCCUGAAUUCCUUGACAUGUUGGAAGAUUCACCGUUUUUAAAAUGUACACUGCCAUGGGGGACCCUAUCUAGUCUAAAAUUAGAGAGUCGAAAAGACAGUGAUGAUGGUCCCAUCAUGUGGGUACGCCCAGGAGAACAAAUGAUCCCUGUGGCUGAUAUGCCAAAGUCACCUUUCAAAAGGAAAAGAACUACCAAUGAAAUAAAAAACCUGCAGUACCUACCUCGAACCAGUGAGCCCCGUGAGAUGCUCUUUGAAGACAGAACAAGAGCCCAUGCAGAUCAUAUAGGACAAGGUUUUGAACGACAGACUACAGCUGCUGUCGGAGUGUUGAAAGCUGUGCACUGUGGAGAGUGGCCUGCUCAACCCCGAAUAACCAAAGAUGUAAUUUGUUUUCAUGCUGAAGAUUUCUUAGAAGUAGUUCAACGAAUGCAGUUAGAUUUACAUGAACCUCCACUGUCCCAGUGUGUCCAGUGGGUUGAUGAUGCAAAACUUAAUCAACUGAGGAGGGAAGGCAUCCGCUAUGCCAGGAUUCAGCUGUAUGAUAAUGACAUUUAUUUUAUUCCAAGGAAUGUUGUUCAUCAGUUCAAGACAGUUUCAGCAGUAUGCAGUUUAGCAUGGCAUGUUCGGCUCAAGUUGUAUCACUCAGAGGAGGAGACUGCUCAGAAUACAGCUACUCACGAAACAGGCACAUCACCAGAUUCCACAACAUCAGUUCUUGGACCUCACACUGACCAUGUGAUUUGUGCUGUAAGCAAAACCUCCUUGGAUUCUAAUUUUUCAGACAAACUUCAUUCUAAAUCUGAAUUACAGCCGGUUAAACAUGAACCUAUUGCAGCUGUAAGAAUCAAGGAAGAACCUGUGAAUGUUUAUAUUCCUGAAAAGACUAGAGCACCGAAUAAUACGGAUGGCAAGAAUGUUAAAGCAAAAUUGGAUCAUGUUCAAUUUACAGAAUUUAAGAUUGACAUGGACUCUAAAUUUGAAAAUAGCAACAAAGAUUUAAAGGAAGAAUUGUGCCCUGGAAGUCUCAUAGGUCUAGUUGAUACAAGGCAACAUAGUUCAGCACAUUCAAAUCAAGAUAGAAAAGAUGAUGACAUUUUGUGCUAAAUUUGUACAUACCAUUUAAAAUUCUUUUUCUUUUUAAAGUUAAUAAUGUAAUAAAGAUUCAUGAAUUCUGAAAGCAAGCCAAGGACUUGCUCCCAAGUCUGUUACAAAAUAGAGUUUAUGUAGCUUUGUAACAUUCCUCAGUGCCUGUCCAUAACUGUGAAGGAUCAAAGCACUUAGGGCCAGAUGCACUGUAAAUAUUACAGGUUUAAACAAAAGGAGUCUUUAAAGAAUCAUUUGAUUUGGAAUUGUAGGUUUUAGAAUAGAGCUGACAUUAACAUAUAUAUAUAUAUUUUUUGUAAUAUGAGCCAGAAUUCUUUUUUGACAAUUUAAGGCUUUUCCAUAGAGCUUAUUUAUACCGAUUUUUUUUUUUUCAUUUUAAUGUGUCAGCACUGUAGUGUAAAUAGCUUUUAAAAAAUCUUUUUAGUGUGAUUUAUACUGAAAUGUGAGCCACUUAAUAAAGGUUCAUAAUAAUAAAAUGUUUUCUGUUGGGUCUGCAAAAAGACAAACUGACAAUUCAGUUAAGUCAUUUAUUUGGUCUAUUACGUUUCUGCUGGUGUAUCCAUUUA